AUUGGGAAGAGAUGUUCUGCAGGAAAAAGAAGAGUUAUACAUUUGCAAUGAGUUAUCGGAGAAGGCUUGAUGCCGUGCUGUCGUGCUUCUGUGGACAAUAUAGGCUACUACCACAAUGUUUAAUUUGGCUGAUUACCAUUCAAUUUUCGCAGAUGACUUUAUCCUAAACAGCGUUGUUUAUCCUCAUCUGUAUAUAUCCAGGCAUAUCCAGAAUAUUGCAUCAAAUAGUCAACACACACGUUUGAAGUGAUGAAAAGUCUUUUCAUUGGCGAGGAGUGGUGCUUUAACAAUUCCCUGAUCAGAGUGUGAUGAAGGGGCUGUCUCUGAAGUUUCUUUUGAAAUGCGACCACUGUAUUGUUGAGAGAGGAAGGUGAGACAUUGGACAAUGCCACUGAAAGCAACGGGCUAGUUUCACAGUCUUGAUUGAAAUGAUCAUCAUCUGACCCUUCUGUGCUAUGAAUGUUCUUUGCCAUCCUUUAGCACAGGCACUGAAGCUGCUUAGAUCCAAGUGCAAGUGGGGCCUGGCCAGCUGCAUUGUUUGAGCGAACGUGAGAAUGAACCUGAGCGCCAUUCAGAAAGGCCAGGUACAAGCACCUGAAGUGGAAAUUGAACCCUGGGAGUGCCAACUGAGGGAAUAAUGAGCCUCAUCAUCACUGCCGAAAAGAGGAACCACAUUCCGAUUUUUCUUUCCAUUUCCUCCGCACAUUUUUGUUACUGGCUGUUAACGGUUCGCUGUGCAUUGUGCAAUUCGUUUCCUGUCUGUUGUCCGGAAUUCGGGCCAGUUCGCAGCGCAUCUUUCGGAACUAUCUUCAGUGAUCUGCCCCAGGAGGAGAGGAUCGGUCGCUGAAUGCAGAGGAGACUGGAGGGGUGCAUUAGGGAUGGCGGGACUGCCACUUACCACGAUCUCUGUUUGCUUAUUAAUGGCAGUAGCUGAGCCCCAGACGUUCACAAUCCAGGCCGAAAACAGGAUUAAUGUGAGUGUCGGAGGAACGGCGAACUUUUCAGUGAAACCAUCACGUUCUGUGAAGAAUGGGAACUGGGAUUUCAACGGCAAAAGUAUUGGGCUGUGGAUCGGUUCAUCUGUUUCUCUAAGUAACGACUACAAGCCCCGUGCUGAGAUAUUAACGCCCAAUGGAUCACUCCUGCUGAAACCGCUGACGUUCUCAGACAGUGGGAAAUACACUGUUACCAUGGUCCCUGGAGAAGGCGAGCAAGCAUCAGCGACCAUCACCCUGCAUGUACUUGAUCAAUUAAAUUCCAGGGAUAAAGUCAAUGCUGUCGUCAUAGUAGGCAUAGUGAUUGCUGUUCUUCUUUGUCUGGGUUUUAUCAGUGGGCUCAGUGCAUGGUUAAUCAAAAUGAAACCACAAGGAAUGAAAUCUUCAACACAAGGACAAAAUAUUAGCUCAGCAGAAAGUGAGCACCCUACAGCACUCAGUGGGAAAACAUCAGCGAUCUAUGAAAAUAUUCCAAGAAAUCAAAAGGAGAAAGCUAUGAAACCAUUUGAUGAAAAUAUUUACAUGGGAUUGAAAGUGCAGGAGCAGUCAGUUUACAGUGAACUGAAGAGGAAUGAGAAGUAAAGACAUUACAAUUCAUCUACCAUGUAAAGUUAAAGAUCAAAUGAAAUACGAACAGGUGUAUUUAUCAUCAGGAUUUUAUUUAACAUGGCAGCACAGUGGCUAUCUGUGAUGUUUAAUGUUUUCAUAAAAUGUUCUGUCAAUCUUGUUGGUUAAGAUUGGGCAUUCAGGAUCUUGACUGAGUUACCUAUAUGUUUAUUCUGUACACUGGCAUGCAUCUCAUGGGUUUGUUGGAAAGGUGAUAAAUUUAUAGUGAAUAUAUCUACCAUGGUCGAUGAAGGAGUCAUUCUUGCAGCCAAGCAAAAUAAUUUUCUGAGCACUCUUUGUAUUUUGUUUUCCUGCAUAGCAAUUGAUCUUAUACAAUAUCCAACAACCAAAAAUCCAUUCUUAACAUGCGGGAACAUUUUCAUGGUGAAUUCAUGUGUUCUGGGAGGCACCUGUUGGACAGCAUUCAUUGUCAGUCCAUAAAUACCCUCAAGAAGUUGACCACUUCUUGAGCAGUCGCAGCCCAUUUGUUGUCGGUAAAAUGAAUGCUUAGGGGGAAGGUUCCAGGAUUUUGUCCCAGUGGCAGCAAAGGAGCAGAGAUAUAGUUUCAAGUCAGUAUAGUGAAAGAUUUGGAACUGGCUGCUGGUGGUAUUCAGUUGUAUCUUCUGCCCAUCUGUUUCUAGAUGAUUGUAGCCAUGGAAUUGCAAUCUGUUGCAUAGUAAAUUUCUACGGUGCAUCAUGUGGAUGCUUCACACCGCUGCUACUGAACAUUGGUGGUGGAAGGAGUGAAUGUUGUGGCUGUGUUGCCCAACAACCAGGCUGUUUUGUCCUGGAUGGUGUAGACAUCUGUUGCGUUUUUAGAGGUAAGUAUGGAGUAUUUUAUCCCGGUCCUAAACUUGUGUCUUGUGAAUGGUGGACAUGCUUUGCUGACUGACAAGGUGAAAUAGCCACACAGGACUCCUAUCGUCUUUCCUGUUCUUGAAGCACUGCAUUUAUUUGAAAGACUAAGGAAGUUAUGGACCAUUGGUAACUGCUGGGUACUGAUAGUCAUUGAUUCAGUGAAUUAAGUGAACUUCAAUGAAGAGUGAUUAGAUAUACUCUUGCUGGCGAUGGUCAUUACCUGGCCUUUUCAUGGUGAGAUGUAACUUGCAACUUAUUAGCUGCUUCCAAAUAAUAUCCAGGUACUUUUGUAUUUUUGCUUGAGCUGCUGUAGCAACAUCUGUGGUGUCAUGAAUGGUUCUGCGAAAUCUAGCAUCAUCCAUGAACCUUCCUGCUUGUCACCUUAGGAUGGAGGGAAAGUAAUUGUUAAAGCGGUUGAAAACGGUUGGGCUUAGGAUUGUGCACAGAGGAACUUCUGAAGAAAUAUUUUGGAACUCAUACCAAAGAAUAAUUAUUCCUGAUUACUUUACCACUAAUUUGCUAGGAUAUCUUGAUCCUAAUUUUGGUGAGAUGCAGUUUCAGAUCAGAAAUGUGCUGUGUUUUGAUUUCACAAAUUCAAUGCAUUGCAGUAUCAAUGUUCUUAGCAGCAGGAUCACAGAAUGUAACACUUGGGCCUAAAAGAAUCGAGCAAAAUUGGGGAAAUAGUUUGUUUAGCUGAAUGAUCAGACAUGAUCAUAAUUAAUAACAAAAACAGGCUUGAAAGGCCAAAUGGCCCACAGUUGCUCCCAUUUUCUAUAUUUCUACAUCGUUGUUGGGACGUUUGAUCCUAUGAACAUUAUAUCAGUUGUUGACCUGUAAAUCAUUGUGGGUUUGUCAUUCAGUGCAGCAAAAGGAUAACAAAUUCAUGAAAAUGGUACAAAUCACUGCUCGCAUGUUGUUGUCAAAUCUAUUCUCUGACACUCACCAAGGGAAAAUGAUCCUCUAUGAGAUUGUCUCCCAAACUUUGAUGAGUGAUUCUCUAUAUUCAUUACUUCAAUCUGCAUCUUAUUCAGUUUACCAAUAUUUUAUGUUCCUUUCUGAGAUCAAUAACCAUACCUGUCCAUCUGAACACCUACCUUGAGUUCUCCACUUUACUCUCAAGUGAGGCUUUUGAAUUCAAAUACCCAAUACAUUGCUCAUUCUAUAAGGACCCCCUUGGGAUUUGAUGAAUUUCUGUUCAUCAGCAAAUCAGACAUGCAUAUUUCUACACUCAGCCAGUUGAUCUAUAUAAAUCGUGGUUCCUCAAUUAAAGCAAAACAUUGUGCGUCAAAGAUUAUAAUUCCCCUUGGUUCAUUCCAGGGAUGAUGAUAAGUCGACAUUUUUGUUACCUCUUUCAUAGAUUCCAUUUGUUCUCCAACAUUAUAUUUAAACACAUUUGUUUCAUUCUCACAGCAGUAGCACUGUCAUAAUUAUUUACAAAUGUUAAUUAUUACUUUAAUCGCUGAGCAUUUUUCUCCCAACUUUCCUGAAACAUAUAACAUGUUAGAAUCCAACCUUCACCUUUCUCCACUUUGUGUAAUUGUUCUUGUAUACCUUCACUCUGUUUUCUUUAUAUCCACGUACAACUGACUGUUUUUUCUCCCCAUCACCAUAUCACAUAUGGUAAUUCCUCACCGAUUAACCACCAAUCAACUGUGUUUUACGUUUAAUUAAUUUAAAUGCAAAAUGCGUGAGGGGCAAAGCAGACAAUCCAAUGUGAUACAGUUGGAAGGGAUGAUAAUGAACAAUACCCCUCAUAUCUUUAUUUUUAACUCUGAUUUUGCAACCACAUUACCUGCCACGAUUACUUACCUUAAUAACACAAGCAAUUACAUACUGAGGCAACCAGCAACUCUCUGUGUUUUCUUACUAUGACUCACCCCCAUGGUGGCCAUUGUCAUUUUGUCUGAUGACAUGUAGAGAUGUAACAAACUCACUUCUUUCAUCAUUUCGAAGGAUGGGUAUCUCAGAUAUUCCGAAUCCUCGACAUCACACGCUGCAUUGAUCUGGAUACAUGUUGCAAAACCUCCACAGAAACAUUCUGACAUUCCCUGCCAAAUGCAGUUGUAGUAUGCUAUCACCUCAAUAAUUUCAACACUCAGCUGAAGGAUUAACAAUGCCCUCUUUAGGAGGAAAAUGGGCGAGCAAUAAACUCUGGCCUUCUCAGUGAUGUUCAUUUCUUUAAACUGAUUUUGCAGAUGAAUUUAAUAUCUGCCUAUUCUGGAUUCUUGAAAAGGAGAUUUUUUUUUCUCUGUGUAUUUCACUGAGAUUCUUUGAAGAUGCUAAACACCUCCAUCACAUCAUCAGAUAGAUUAUGCAAUAAUGUAAUGGAAGACAAUCUUCUCCUCAUGAGUAGAUUCUUUAAUCAGUGGUAUCGAGUGAAUAAGUGUGCUAUGCACAUACUUCCCCUGUUUAGAAUUCAUCUUUCUGGAUUGACCACCAAAACUGUUUUGGACAAUUUGUUGUUUGUAUGUAUGCUUUAUGAUUUUAUUCAUUGUCCUGCAUUUGCCCAAUUUACUAUGUAUCCGAACUACAACUACAUGCAAAAGACACUGUUUUGCACUUUAUGGCUGUAAUGACUCAAAACUUUGUAUAUGCACGCGCCAGAAUACUGUAAUUUUCCUGUGUCAAUUUACUGAUUUUCCGGGUGGCUCACUGUUAAAAUCCUGAAGCGAAGAAACAAGCAUAAUAUAAUUGAGAUUAUGUGAGACUCUUGUGUUAUAUAUGCUGUACAUUAAAACAAAGUGCUAGUAAAAGAUAUACGUUGCUGUACAAAAAUACUCAGAAAAGGAUUUAUGUGGACACGCUUGUUAAUAACUGCAUCUUUAAUAGUAAAUUGAUUAAUUUGUGGACUGUUGAAUUCCUCUAUUAAAGAAGAAACA